AAUAGCAGUUGUGGGAUGCUGCCCCAUCCUGCAGAGGAAAAAGCUGAUCUGCCACAGCUGCUGGGGGACUCUGAGCACUCAGCCUGCCCUGCCAUCCGCACCCCAGCAUUUCUGCAGGCACAGGAAAGGGACCAAGAGGAGCCAAACAGGCUGCAGAUGGAGCUGCUGGCCGUGCUGGGCUGUGCCCUGCUGCUCGCCGGGGUCCUGGCUGAGCCCUGUCCAUCCCCGUGCAGCUGCUGGUCCCUGGGGGAGCCCUGGGGGACGGGGGUGGACUGCAGCUCGCGGGGGCUGCGCGCCCUGCCCGCCCUGCCGCGCCUGACCCGCAGCCUGCGCCUGCACAACAACAGCCUGGCCUCCAUCCCCGCCGGGGCCCUGGACAGCCUGGGCCACCUGCAGGAGCUGCAGCUCUGGGACAACCCCUGGCACUGCGACUGUCACAUCCUGUACCUGAAGCUCUGGCUGCAGGAUUUCUCCGCGCCCGCGCUCGCCCGCCUCAGGUGCGCCAGCCCCGCUCGGCUGAGGAUGAAGGCCCUGGGGCAGCUGACUGGGAAUGAUCUGGGCGUUUGUAGCCAGCUUCUCCCAACCAAGUGUCUCCAGUUCUUCUGGAGAGACCUCGUUUUAAUUGCUGGGGCCAUAAUUACCCUCCUUUUAGUGGCGUGGGCUCUGAAGUUCUCCAAAAAGCUGGUGUGCCAGCUCAGCCUCGGGAGGCGGCGGCUGAGGAGGAACAUCCCCAAAACACACAAGGUACUGUGAGCUCCGUCCUGCCACCAGCCUGGCUGAAACUCCAAACUCCUCCACAACAAAAAAGCAAAAGCACUGAUAGCACUGGUUUGAAUAGUCAAUGCUAAAAAAGCCCAAAGUCUGGGUCCUCAGGCAAGCUGGAUUUAAUUUUUGUCCAAAAAUAAGCUUGGUAAGUCUUGGGCAGGCAAGUUUCACCCUGCUGCCAUCUGCUCAUAUGAAGAGCAGUUUCCACAUUUUUAAAAAUCAUUUAACUUAACAUUUUCCCACUGGAUUCUCAGCCCUUAUAGAAAGAAGAUUUACACCCCUACACUUUUUAAUAUAUGGAAAUAAACACCAAUUCUAUUAUUUUAA